GUUAUACUUAAAGGGUUAAGGUUUACCUGUUAUACAUUAAUGUCUCCCAAAAAAACGAAAAAAUUCAACAAACCGGUUGCAAACAAAAAGUGGAGUCCUGUAACUGAAGUUAAACAAGAAAUCGUUGAAGCACUUCCUUUUCCUGCUGAAGAGAACAAAGACGAAGAAAAUACUAACAAGUUAAGAAAAACACGCUCGCACACCCGCAAGGAAAAUGGAUUACCAAAAUUGAUUUGCUCCAUUUGUAAUAAAACUUUCCAGUCACAGAAAAGACUGGCAAACCAUAUGAAACUACAUGAUGAAGAUGACCAAUUCAGUUGCGAAAUUAGUUUCACAGAUUUGUGUGUGAUGGAAUUAACAGAACCGGAAACUGCAGAAACAAACGAAGGAGAGGGAAUGAAAGCUGAAGUAGAAGUUACUGUAGAUGACGCUGUGCCAAUAUUUAAACCUGAAAAGAUCAAAAUGUUUAGAACAAUUGAUUAUCGUGGACGUCCAAAGGGCAAAGAAAUGAAAACUUGCCCAACUUGUGGUAAAACAUUUGAAUCAACGGCCAAAACAAAGCAACAUAUGCGACGAGUGCAUGCAGAAGUUAAGAAUUUUCAAUGCAAAGAUUGUGACAAAAAAUUUUGUACAAGAAGCAAUUUAUGUUCACACAUGCUCGUACAUUCAGGGGAAAGAGCUUACCAAUGCGCUUCUUGCAAUCAUGCCUUUAAAACGCGUCUAGCAUUAAAGCGCCAUUUCCUAACUCACACUGGCGAGAGGCCGUACAAAUGUCCAUAUUGUGAUAAAACAUUUCGACUGUCUUCUACACUAAUUCGACACAGAGAUGCUCAUGUUAAAGAAAAGAAAUACAGCUGCGAUAUUUGUGGAAAGAAUUUUCAUCAGAAAGUGAAUUUAAAACAACAUCUUCUCAUACACACUGGAGAGAAACCUUUCAGUUGCAAAUUUUGCAGCAAAUCUUUUACACAAGGAUCCAAUUUGAAAUCUCAUGUUUAUAAAAUGCAUAGCUAAGAAUUUUCUUAUGGUCAAAAUCCCAUAACUGGUUUCAUUCUGUUGUCUGUGUAAUUUCAAAAACUACCAAUCAUAUUUAAGUUAACAAAUUUUCAGGCAUCAUGUUGUUUUUGUUGAUACUUUUUUUUCAUACAAAUUCUGUGAUACAAUUAGUAUGUAACAUUAAAUUAAAAAUAUGUUGUCAAUUUAUCAUCUCUAAAUUAAUUCCCUUACCUGGUAUACAUUGUUGUAAAGUUAUUACAUGGCAUUUAUGUUACUAUGUAUUGUUACAUGCAUGGUUUGAUUUAUCUUCAGUGAAUUGUAAUGACGUGUAAAAUGUUCGGUUAUUAUGUAGUUAGACAUAUACUUCUACACCAUGACAUUCUCCAUUCAAAAAAAUGAAUAUGAUGGAUCAGAAAGGUCAUUCAUAACAAUCUGGGAAGUUGAACUGUUAAGGUUGAACAGUUGAAUAGAAACUAAUGUAAAGCAGGCAGUAGGCAGUAGGAAAUGUGUUAACUUGGUGUGUAACCUUUUACAGGAUUCAGUAAACAAUAUAGUUUUUCAUAUUCUGCAAGU